AUGUUCGACUGGCUGGUGAGGAAAAUCCAUGACGGUCCCUACCACGGCUCGGCAAAGGGUGAACGGCCGAAAUCGGUGGUGAACUAUAAGCAUCCACAGAGGGCACAUGUGCCUCCAGCUGAUGUGAUUCCCAAGCCCAAAGCCACUGUUGUCGGUAGCAGCCCAGAGCGGCCAGAACCCUCAGGAAGGCAUAUUCCUAUUUGUAGGAGCCUCACAUCCGAUCUUCGUCAAGUUAGCAAGCGGCAGUCUAACGCAGGUCGUGGGUCGAACGGCCCGAUGAACACGACACCGAACGUCUCCAGCUUGCCACAUACAGAAGGUUCCCGCCCUGCUCUUGGUCGCGAGCCCUCAUGCGAGAUAAGAAACCUUUUCCGCGAGAAUUCGGCCGACUGUCGGCAGCCCCUGGUCGACGGCGUGUUCCCGCCAGACUCUCCGGGUGCCGUCCCAGUUCACUGCAGCGUGCCUUCCUACCUUCCCAAGGUUACCCAGGCGGAUCUCCCGUACCACCCUCUCAAAGCGGCAGUGUUCAGUCCCCACGGCAGGGGCAUGCGCAGACCGAGGACCACCAUCGAGUCGGACAUAUCGGAGGAGAAUAACCGUUCUUCUUUCGCAAUACCCUCGACCUCUACCAUUCCUUUGCCUCCGACGUUUGCCACUCCGACAUUUGCUGCGCCGAGAUUCGGUGCUUUCCCCACUCCUACCUUCAGCACAGCGGCCAACGUGACGCCGUCUGCGAAACUCGCCGCAUUAGAUGCCGAAGGUCGGAAGGAAAAGAGACGCAGCACUAUGCCUCCGUUUGCGAGUCUGAAACGCGGACUUUCUCUGCUGAGGUCACCCAAGCAGGGCAGUCCACUCCCAGAGGCAAACAGGCGCGAGUCGGGGACUCUUCUGCAAGUCACCGCUCCCAGUGAUGAACCCACUCCUCCGACAAGGGAUAUCCAUUUCCCUACUUUCAGGAUGAAACCAUGA